GAAAUGAAAAAGCAGCACUUGUUGAUUGUUGAUUUCGAAAACUUACGCGCGCGUAUAUUUUAUCUCCAUACUUUCUUGAUAAGAUAAAAAUUUGAUAAAAAUAUAUCAGCCGGGGUCUUUUUGGCUGCUACAACUCUUUUGAAUUUUACAGAAGGAAUUUGCGGUUUAAAAUGGCCGACUUGGUUUUAGUGAUUGGAAGUGGUGGUCGUGAACAUGCAUUGGCAUGGAAAUUAUCCCAGUCACCAAACAUUGAACAUAUCUAUGUAGCUCCAGGCAAUGCUGGAACCCAUUCUAAUGGAGAUAAAAAGGUAUCAAAUUGUGCUCUAAAUGUCAAAAAUCAUUCUGAAGUUGUUGAUUGGUGCAAGGAAAAAGGUAUUAAUUUCGUAGUUGUUGGACCUGAAGAUCCUUUAGCUAAUGGCCUAGCUGAUUAUUUGGCAAAGAAUGGAAUAAAAUGUUUUGGUCCAUGCCAAAGAGCAGCUCAAAUUGAAGCUAGUAAAGAAUUUGCCAAAGUUUUCAUGGAUAAACAUGAAAUACCCACUGCUCGUUGGAAGUCUUUUACUGAUCCAGAGGAAGCAAAAAAGCAUGUUAUGAGUGCUUCAUAUAAUGCUUUAGUUGUAAAAGCUAGUGGACUAGCUGCUGGCAAAGGAGUUAUUGUUGGCAACAGUAGGGAAAAUGCAGCAAAAGCUAUUGAUACGCUGAAGCAAGAUAAAGGACUUUCUUCUGCAAGUGAAGUGAUUGUAAUUGAGGAGUUACUAGAAGGCGAAGAAGUGUCUGUUUUAGGCUUUUGUGAUGGUUCUACUGUUUCUUUGAUGCCACCAGCCCAAGAUCACAAACGCUUGGGCAACAAUGACGAAGGUCCCAACACAGGAGGAAUGGGAGCUUACUGCAGGUGCCCUCUGGUUUCUGAUGAAGAUUUGAAGUUUAUUGAAACAAAUAUUAUGCAAAAAGCUGUCGAUGGUAUGAAAAGUGAAGGAUCGCCUUACAUCGGUGUUUUAUACGCUGGAUUAAUGAUGACUAAAGAUGGGCCAAAAGUUCUGGAAUUCAACUGCAGAUUUGGUGACCCUGAAACUCAAGUAAUCUUGCCUCUUAUAAAAACAGACUUGUACAGUGUAAUGAAGGCUUGUGUUGCUGGAAAACUUAAUACUAUUGAUAUCCAAUGGUCAGCUGAUCAGUAUGCUGUGGGCGUUGUGUUAGUAAGUGGCGGAUAUCCUGGUGGUUACCCCAAGGGGAAAAUAAUAUCAGGACUUCAUAAAUUCCAAACUUCAGACCUUAUUGUCUUCCAUGCUGGAACUUCCUUCAGUUCAGGAAACUUGGUGACUUCAGGUGGUAGAGUGUUAGCUGUGGUAGCACUAAGCAACAGCCUAGAGGCAGCAGCUGAAAAUGCUCGAAAAGGAGCUACAGAAAUUCAUUUUGAUGGUGUCUUCUUUAGAAAUGAUAUUGCACAAAAAGCAUUGAAAAGAUCCCAGAAUGAAGGUCUGACUUAUAAAUCAUCUGGAGUAGAUAUCAAAAGUGCUGAUGAUUUAAUUGAAGAUAUUAAAAAAAUGACCAAGCAGACUUUACGAUCUGGUGUAUGUGGAGGUAUUGGUGGUUUUGGUGGCAUAUUCGAUCUUAAAGCAGCUGGAUAUAUUGACCCAUAUUUAGUAUCUAGGGGGCGAGGUAUUAGUGGAAAGAUGGAGAUUGCCCAAGAGUGUGGUCAGUAUGAAUUAAUAGGAAAUGAUCUGGUUGCUGCUUGUGUAAAUGAAAUAAUUUGUCAUGGAGCGGAGCCUCUGUUUUUUCUCGAUACUUAUACUUGUGGGAAGUUAGAUGUCAGUAAAGCUAAUAAAGUGAUAGCUGGGAUAGCAAGAGCUUGUGAAUUAGCCAAUUGUGCUCUCAUUGGUGGGGAAACUGCAGAAAUGCCUGGAAUGUAUGCAGAUGGUGAUUUUGAUCUUACAGCUUUUGCUAGAGGAGCUGUAGAAAGGUCUUCAUUUCUACCUAGAAAAAAAGAAAUCCACAGCGGAGAUGCUGUAAUCGGUCUAUGCUCCUCAGUUAUUAAUGUCAGUGGUUACGACUUGGUUGACAAAGUUAUUAAAAAACAAGGUUUAAAAUAUGAUUCACCUUGUCCAGAUCUGAAAUUCAAGACAUUUGCUGAAUAUUUAAUGCGUCCAACUAAAAUUUAUGUUCAUAGCAUUUUGCCUUUAAUGAAGAAGAACUUAAUCAAGGCAGCAGCCUACAUUGAUCAGCAUGGUUUACAUCAGAGCAUUUCCAAUAUUUUGGAUGAAACCCAUAAAGUUGUUUUAGAUGCAUCUAAAUGGGAAGUGCCUUUUAUGUUCAAUUGGAUUGCUACUAAUGGACAUCUGUCUGAAAAAGACAUGCUGAAAGUGUUCAAUAUGGGCCUUGAUAUGAUUUUAAUUGUUGAUAAAGAUUGCAAAGAUGAAAUACUUGAAAACUUAAAAAGAGCCGAUUACGCUGCUUUUGAUGUUGGUUUUGUAAAAUCUCUUCAGAAAGGUACUAAUCCAGUUGAAAUCACGAACUUGCAGAUGAGUGAAAAUAGUUCUUUUGAAAAGAAAAAUAUUGGAGUGCUUGCAUCAUGUGAUAAUAAUAGCUUGAGAGCUCUGAUAAAAUUUACUGAAAAUUCCAACAAUAUCAGUGCAGCGAAAAUAAAGGUAGUUGUAUCAAACACAGAAAAUAAUGCUGACAUAGAUUUUGCACAAAGUAUUGGAAUACCUGUUGUGGUAGUAAAUGAAAACACCUUUACCUCAAAGCAAGAGUAUGAAAAUGCAGUGCAUUCCGUUCUAGAAAAAUAUCGAGCACAAAUUGUUUGCAUCGAUGGCUCUAUAAAUGUUUCAGACAGCUUCAUAGGCUUGUGGAAAGGCAAGUUGUUGAAAUCCUAUCCUACUUUAGUGCCUGCUUUUGAUGGAGCAGACAUUUACAAGCAAGUCCUUGAUAUGAAAGUUAGAAUUACUGGAUGUAGUAUUUGUUUUGUAGAGCCUGAAAAUAAACAAGGGGCUAUUGUUGAACAAGCAGCAAUAUCUGUUGAUGCUGAUGAUACAAUUAAAGUUUUGAGAGAGAAAAUACUACAACUUGAACAACAUGUGUACACUAAAGCUUUGGAACUUGUAGCUAGUGGAAAAGUUACCUAUAACACUGAAUCUCGUGUAUCACGGCUGGAUGAUGAUUCUCACGAAAGCCCUUUUGUUGACUCAAAUAUAGCUGAAUGCAUCAAGUUAAUGCAACCGUUGGUAGAACAGACUAAGCGUUCUGGUUUUGUAGAAAAAAUUGGAUCAUCUUGCGGCAUAUUUGAUCUAGAAGCUGCAGGCUAUCAGUUUCCAUAUUUAGUAUCUGGAACAGACGGAGUUGGCACAAAAUUAAAAAUUGCACAAAUCUGCAAUAAGCACGAUAGUAUUGGAAUAGAUUUAGUUGCAAUGUGUGUAAAUGAUAUUUUGACACACGGUGCAGAGCCUUUAUUUUUUAUGCAAUGCUUUGAUUGUGGAAAAGCUAACCCAGAUGUUGUCCCAAAAGUAGUUUCUGGAAUAGUAGAAGGCUGUAAACAAGCAAAUUGUUCUCUAAUAGGAUCUGAGUUAUCGCAAGUACCUGACGUAUAUUUAUACAAUAAACAUGGUGUAGCUAAUUAUGAAAAUUAUGAUGUAGUUGGAUAUGCUGAAGGUGCGUUAAUCAAAAGUAAUCUGUUACCAAAGUCGGAUAAAAUACAAGAAGGUGACGUCGUUAUUGGUAUGGAAUCAUCGGGCAUCCACAGCAAUGGUUUUAGCCUUGUUAGGAAGCUAGUUGAACUCCGAAACUUAAGGUAUAAAGAUCCUGCCCCAUUUGAUAAAUCUCAGACCCUUGGGGAAGCCCUAUUAGUGCCUACAAAGAUUUACGUUCAAUCUCUCUUACCACUCAUGAAAAAAGGCUGCAUUAAAGCUGCUGCUCAUAUAACAGGUGGAGGCAUAGUUGAAAAUAUACCUCGGGUUUUGCCUGCUACGCACAGGGUUGUUUUAGAUGCAACAAAAUGGACUUUGCCAAAUGUUAUGAGGUGGAUUGCCAAAGAAGGUUGCAUAACUGAGAAGGAAAUGUUAAAGACAUUCAAUUGUGGGAUAGGCAUGGCCUUGAUUGUGUCAAAGGACAAGGUGCCUGAAGUCCUGGCUUUUCUUAAAGAAAGCGGUGAAACAGCUUCUGUUAUUGGGGAAGUUCAGAGAGAGGACAAAGGUAAAGCUAAAGUUGAAGUUCAGAACUUUUGCCUUUCAACUCAGUUGAGCAAGCAAACUAAAAAAAGAGUUGGUGUAUUAAUAUCUGGAUCUGGAACCAAUCUUCAAGCCCUCAUUGAUUAUACACAAAACCCCAGCAAUCAAAGUCGAGCUGAAAUUGUGCUUGUUGUUUCAAAUAAAGCUGGAGUAGAAGGUUUAAAGCGAGCAGAAAAAGCAAAGAUUCCCACAAAAGUAAUUAAUCACAAAGAUUACAGCUCAAGAGUGGAAUUUGAUAUGGCAAUGCAUGCCAUUCUACAGGAAAAUAAAGUAGAAAUUGUGUGUUUGGCAGGCUUUAUGAGAAUUCUAUCAAAGGAAUUUGUUCGUUUGUGGGAAGGAAAACUACUGAAUGUUCAUCCUGCAAUUUUACCAGCGUUCAAAGGAAUGAAUGCUCAUAAACUUGCAUUAGAAGCAGGUGCAAGAAUAAGUGGAUGUACUGUUCACUUUGUGGAACCUGAAGUAGAUGCUGGUGCUAUUAUCGAGCAAGCGUCAGUUAGGGUUGCUGCAGAAGAGACAGAAAAAUCACUUCAAGAAAAGGUUAAAGUUCUUGAACACGAGAUAUUCCCUAAAGCUUUAGAGCUUUUAUGUAGUGGAAGAGUAUCUAGAAAAACCGAUGGAAAAAUACAAUGGCAUUAUUAAAAUAAAUAAAUGUAUUUUGUUAUCUUAACAGUCAACUGAAUUGCUUUAUAAUCUCAUUAAAUGAAAUCAAUUUAAUUCUUUUUUCAGUGUACAUAUAAAGUGAAGCUAUUUUUAUAUAAAUAAAAUUUUAUACAAGUUGAA